UCCCGCCCCCUGCUCAUUCAGCAGAUAGUUAACCAAACUGUACGAGGGUUUCUGAAGCUAAUGCUGAUCUUUGUAUCACUUAAAACGUAUUAAAAUAACAACAGUAUGCUCGUAUGAUAGCCAGACAUUAACCAUUAGAGAUGUCACUCCUGAGUUGUGUUGUUCCAGAUGGAAACGGGACGUUAAAGCGUUAGCUAUGUGUCUGCGGGUGUUUCCGUGGUGGCUGCUGCUCUUCUGUCUGCAGCCGUUCAGACAUGAAGUCCCGGCUGCAGCAGCAGACUCCUCCUCGGUACCCAGCGCUGCUAGGACUCUGGUCUGGGGACCGGGACUCGAGACGGACCUGGUGCUGCCGGCUCGGUUCUUCUACAUACAGGCGGUGGACAGCUCGGGGAGGAAUUUAACAACAUCACCUGGUGAGAAAACAUUUGAGGUGAAGAUUGUAGCUCCAGUGGAGCAGUUCACCAGGAUUUGGAUACAGGUCCUGGAUCGUCAGGAUGGCUCCUUCCUGGUCCGCUACAGAAUGUACGCCACCUACACGGACCUCCACAUCCACGUUCUGCUCAAGAACAAGCACGUCGCCAAGUCACCUUUUAUCCUCAAAGGCCCAGUCUACCAUGAGGGCUGUGACUGUCCCCAGCCCAGUGGUUCUGUAUGGGAGGCCCACAUGCACUGUCCUCCGUCCUUCCCUCAGAUAGACCGGGACCUGGCCGCCUACACUAACGUCGACCCAGAUCGUAACGCGCAGGAGAUCCCACAGCGCUUUGGACAGAGACAAAGCCUCUGCCACUACACUGUCAAAGACAACAAGAUCUACGUUAAAACUUUUGGAGAGCAUGUGGGGUUCAGAAUCUUUAUGGACGCCAUCCUCCUGUCACUCACCAGAAAGGUACAUCUCCCUGAUAUAGAGUUCUUUGUUAACCUGGGUGACUGGCCGCUGGAGAAGAGGAAAUCCACAGAGAAGCUUCAUCCCAUCUUUUCCUGGUGUGGCUCCAACAAUACCAGAGAUAUCGUCAUGCCCACGUAUGACCUGACUGAGUCUGUCCUUGAGACCAUGGGGAGAGUAAGUCUGGACAUGAUGUCGGUGCAGGCCAACACGGGGCCGCCCUGGCCAGAGAAGAACGCCACGGCCUUCUGGAGGGGCCGGGACAGUCGGCAGGAACGUCUGGAGCUGGUCAAGCUCGCCAGGGCUCACCCCGACAUGAUAGACGCUGCCUUCACCAACUUCUUCUUCUUCAAACAUGAUGAGAGUCUCUAUGGGCCGCUGGUCAAACACGUUUCUUUCUUUGAUUUUUUCAAGUACAAGUACCAAAUAAACAUCGACGGCACCGUGGCAGCGUAUCGACUGCCGUACCUACUAGCAGGAGACAGUGUUGUCUUGAAGCAGGAUUCUGGCUACUACGAGCAUUUCUACAAUGAGCUUCGACCGUGGGAGCACUACAUCCCCAUCAGGGCGGACCUCGGAGACCUGCUGGAAAAGAUCCAGUGGGCUCAAGACCACGAUGAAGAGGUGCAGGAAAUUGCACUGGCGGGUCAGCAGUUUGCCCGCAAUAAACUCAUGGGAAACAGCAUAUAUUGUUACUACCACAAACUUUACCAGGAGUAUGCCAAACUCCAGGUCACAGAGCCCAAGGUUCGUGAAGGCAUGGAGCUGGUGGAGCAGCCCAGUGACGACCUGUUCCCAUGUUCCUGCCACAGGACGAGGGCAAAGGAUGAACUUUAAUUGACCUGUCGUCCAGUUACAGAGCAAUCCUUCAUAUCUGAUAUACUGCCAAAUAAUGUUUGAGUGUUCAUUAAUUGUAUGACUAUAUGCAGUAUGAAUAUCACAUCUCAUUUUUUAAAUAAAAUCUUUUUGUAUGUUGAAA